GCUGGGCCUGCUCUCUUUUGGAUUAAUUGGGUUGAUAUUCGCUCUAAUUAAGAAGAAGUGGCCGAGAAAUAAAAAUUGGAGAAGGAGCUGGGCCCACUAGCUCUAAAGAAGCUUCUUUAACAGCCGGACAAAUUACUUAACGCCCUUAGCCAUUUCACAUAUAGUUAUCUAGGUUCUGAGGAACCCCCACCGGUGUCUCCACUAGGAGGUCCUGAUCGAUCUCAAUCAAUAGGGCAUGAUGGAACACGCGUAAGACAUGCUUCCCUAUAAAAAUAGGGUACCCUCGCGCCCUCUAGUUCCUCCAUCAAUAGCAAACUUAGAUUCGCCGAUCUUUUUUCCUCGUAGCAAGCAUGGUGAAAUCACUUUUGGUGUCCUCUCUCUUUGCCGCGUCGGCCCUGGCCGCGAGCCGUAUGACAGCUCCUGCCGGUGCGAUCGUUGUAGCCAAGUCUGGGGGUGAUUAUGCCACGCUUGGUGCCGCCGUGAAUGCCCUGAGCACCACCGAGACCGCGACGCAGACCAUCUUCAUUGAGGAGGGUACCUACGACGAACAGGUGUACAUCCCAUCGUUGACUGGGAAGCUGAUUAUCUACGGUCAGACGGAGGACGACACCACCUACACGGGCAACCUUGUCAACAUCACUCAUAACAUCAGGCUAGCUGACGUCGCUAACGAUGACGAAACCGCAACUAUUCGCAACCACUCCCCCAACUCGUCCAUCUACAACCUCAACAUUAUCAACUCAUGCGGUCAAGUCUGCCACCAGGCCUUGGCCGUGAGCGCCUACGGCAAUGGCCAGGGAUACUACGGAUGCCAGUUCACCGGAUACCAGGAUACACUUCUCGCUCAGAGUGGAAAUCAAAUCUACGCCCACACCCUCAUCGAGGGUGCUGUUGACUUCAUUUUCGGCCAGCACGCCCGUGCCUGGUUCCAUGAUUGCGACAUCCGUGUGCUGAAGGGCCCCAGCUCCGGCUACAUCACCGCCAACGGCCGCUCCUCCGAAACUGACUCGUCCUACUACGUGAUUCACAAGUCCUCCGUCGCCGCCGCUGAUGGCAAUGAUGUCCCCUCGGGUACCUAUUACCUCGGCCGCCCCUGGUCCCAGUACGCCCGCGUUCUCUUCCAGGAGACUUCCAUGACCGAUGUGGUCAACCCUGCCGGCUGGUCUGAAUGGUCCACUACCAAGGCUAACACUGAGAAUGUUACCUUCGCUGAGUAUGGUAACACUGGUGCUGGCGCAAAGGGUACGCGUGCUAGUUUCGCUGAAAAGUUUAGCGAGCCGGUUUCUAUCUCAACCAUUUUGGGCUCGGAUUGGACACAGUGGGUUAAUACUAGCUAUGUCAACUAA